CAGACUUUCUCUCUCUACUUCGUAGCUUUCUUUCUCUUUCCCUCUCUCAUCAUCGUUGAUUGUGUUCUUGAUUCCGCCAACAGCCCCUUUUCUGUAUCGUUUUUGUGUCAGACCCACUUCGAUUUUCCCUCUCUUCCCAUCUUUUUUUUCCCCUUUCUUUUCCUUUCCCACCAAGCAAUCCUUCAUGUUCUCUGUUUCUCAACCCUGUUUCAGAGCUUUCUAGGGUUCUAUCCCGAUCAGAAUCUUACCCGUAAAUGCCUCCGACCACAGUUGGACCACCCAUUACGCCGCCGCCGUCCACCUCUUCUUCCCAAGCCCUUCUCGACCUCAUCAUUCAGAUUGUUUCGUUACUACUACUUUCUUCCCUCAAUGUCCGGUCCUUCGUUGGGCGGUGGCAGGUCCUCCAUUCGAAGCUCGCUAUUCUUCACUCUGCUCUAAUCGAAAUCUUGGAUUCCUCUCACUGGUCGGAGAACCCACUUGUUCAUACCAUUCUCCCGUCUCUACUUUCUACCCUUCAGCGGCUUAAGUCUUUGUCCGACCAAUGCUCCGACCCUGCCUUCUCUGGCGGAAAGCUUCAUAUGCAGAGUGAUUUGGAUAUGGCGUCUGCUUCUCUCUCUAGUCAACUCAACGACCUCGAUUUGUUGCUUAGAUCUGGGGUUCUUUAUCAAUCAAACGCGUUAGUUCUCUCUCAGCCGGUUCCGGGUUCGAAUAAGGAUGAUACCGAGUUUUUCAUUAGGGAUCUGUUUACGCGAUUGCAAAUCGGAGGGAUGGAGUUCAAGAAGAAGGCUUUGGAGUCUCUUGUUCAGCUUCUGAACCAGGAUGAGAAGUCCGCUGGGUUGGUUGCCAAAGAGGGAAAUGUUGGGUAUUUAGUACAUUUGCUUGAUUUCAACGCUCAACCUUCUGUGCGAGAGCUUGCUGCUUCAGCGAUUUCAGUUCUCUCUACGGCCAGCGAUGAAUCGAGAAAAAGAGUGUUUGAAGAAGGAGGAUUAGGCCCAUUGCUGAGGAUUCUUGAAACAGGAUCGAUGCAUCUGAAGGAAAAGGCCGCCGCCGCAGUCGAAGCCAUCACCAUCGACUCUGAAAACGCUUGGGCUGUUUCCGCUUACGGAGGUAUAUCGGUAUUAAUCGAUGCCUGCCGCUCAGGUACCCCUUCUCUGCAAGCUUCGGCGGUCGGUGCGAUUAGGAAUGUCACGGCGGUGGAAGAUAUCAAAGCCUCUCUCGUCGAGGAAGGAGUGAUUCCAGUCUUGUUACAGUUGCUAGUUUCGAGCACAACGGCGUCGCAGGAGAAGGCAGCAAUGUCCACGGCAGUAUUAGCCUCCUCCGGUGAGUAUUUCCGAUCACUGAUAAUUCAAGAACGAGGUUUACAAAGAUUAUUGCACUUGAUCCACGAUUCAGCGAGUCCAGAUACGAUCGAAAGCGCGUUGCGAGCCCUAAGUUCCCUCGCGGUUUCCGAUUCCGUCGCUCGUAUUCUAUCAUCUUCUACAUUAUUUGUAAUGAAACUCGGCGAAUUAGUGAAACACGGAAACCUAGUACUGCAGCAAAUCGCAGCCUCUCUUGUUUCCAAUUUAUCAAUUAGCGAUGGGAACAAGAGAGCCAUUGGGAGUUGUAUGGGUUCCUUAGUGAAGUUAAUGGAAAUGCCGAAGCCAGCCGGAGUUCAGGAGGUGGCAGUGCGAGCCCUAGCAUCUCUAUUGACCGUUCGAUCAAAUCGAAAAGAAUUAAUGAAGGACGAGAAGAGCGUAAUGAGAUUAAUGCAAAUGCUCGAUCCAAAAAACGAGGUCGUCGGCAAGUCUUUCCCCAUAGCCAUUGUUACAGCUGUUCUCGCCGGUGGAAGCAAAGGUUGCCGGAAGAGACUGUUGGAGGCCGGGGCCUACCAGCAUCUGCAGAAUCUGGCCGAUAUGAACGUUGCCGGAGCUAAAAAGGCCCUACAGCGGCUGAACGGCAACCGGCUGAGGAGCAUCUUCAACAGGACAUGGAGGGAAUAAACGGAAAAGAAACUAACCCCCGCCGUGAAAGGGCAUCUAAAGGAGUUCGUUUGGAUUUUUCUAACUGCUGAAGACAGAGAGAAAAAAAAAAAAAGGUUACAACAACAAUACAUGACCAACCCAUUCGUAUGCUCAACAACUAUUUUCUCCUAUUAGUAUAUUAUCUUUUUUUAAUAUAUAUAUAAUAUAUAUAUUUUUACCUUUUUUCUCGGGGGGUAAGGUUUAGAAGGGAAAAAAAGUAAGGAAAAAAAUGGAAGAAAGAAGCAUGGAUGCAGGUUUUAGGGAGUAUCCUGGUAUGCUUUUUUUUUUUUUCUCUUAUAAUAUCAAUUUAAUUUCACUGAUUAAGAUGUAAGUGAGGUGUCUUAUGGCCAUUAUUGUCAUUUUGUUUGUUUGUGUAAAUUUCAAGUGAGUUUCUUCAUUUUCAUUAUUUAUUCAAAAAAGAAAAGGAAGAAAAUUAUGUAACGAAGAAGUUUAUGAAAAAGAGUGGAAGGUGGUUUUUUUUUUU